UAGAACAAGGUGAGCGCUCCACAUCACACGUUUAGCGAGCGAGCGAUGCGCGCGAGCGGCGGCGCGCGCCCACGACCCGCACCACCACCGAAGCCGACCACCACCCGCAAGCUACUAGUACCCACCACCACUUCCUCCUCCGCCCUCGCCAUGCCACCGCUUCGCCUCGCCUGCCUCCGCCGCCUCCUCCUCCCCUUCCACUCCCCUCCCCACCCAGUCGCCCCUAGCCCCGUCCGCCCCUCCAUCCUUCUCUCCCGCGCUAUGGCCGGCGCCACCCAGGCAGGUGUGGCGACAGGGUCGGCGGAGUACGAGGAAGUGCUGAGGUGCCUCUCGUCGCUGAUCACACAGAAGGUGCGCGCCGACACCGGCAACCGCGGAAACCAGUGGGAGCUCAUGCACAAGUACUUGCAGAUACUGGAGCUGGAGGAGCCCAUUGCUCGGCUGAAGGUGGUCCACGUUGCAGGGACCAAAGGGAAGGGUUCAACAUGUACAUUUGCUGAAUCAAUCCUUCGGUCAUGUGGUUUUCGCACUGGACUGUUCACCUCUCCACACUUGAUGGAUGUUCGUGAGCGAUUUCGACUUGAUGGGCUGGACAUUGCGGAAGAAAAGUUUGUAAGGUAUUUCUGGUGGUGCUGGAACAAAUUGAAGGCGAAGACUGGUGGUGAUAUUCCAAUGCCAGCCUACUUUAGGUUCCUUGCACUGCUAGCAUUCAAGAUUUUUUCAGAUGAGCAGAUAUGUCAUAUGAGUAGUAAUUGGAACUGUGAAAGGAUCAGUUAUCUGGUGGAUGUAGCUGUGCUCGAGGUUGGUUUGGGAGGGAAAUAUGAUGCAACGAAUGUGGUAAAAGCACCUGUAGUUUGUGGAAUAUCUUCCCUUGGAUAUGAUCACAUGGAAAUUCUUGGAAAUACGCUUGGAGAAAUUGCUGGGGAGAAGGCUGGAAUAUUGAAGAAAGGAGUUCCGGCCUACACAGUUCCACAACCAGAGGAGGCAAUGUCUGUACUGAAGCAGAGAGCUUCUGAAUUUGGUGUUUCUAUCCGGAUAGUCCCACCUUUGGACCCACAGCAAUUAGAAGAUCAGCCUCUUGGACUGCAUGGUGAACACCAAUACAUGAAUGCGGGUCUUGCAGUUGCAUUGGCUAAUACCUGGCUUGAGAGGCAAGGACAUUUAGACAGAAUUCAUUUGAAAGAUCAUGGUACCUUGCCAGAUCAGUUCAUCAAAGGGCUGUCAAGUGCUUGUUUGCAGGGCCGAGCACAGAUUGUUCCAGAUCCACAUGCGAAGUCACAAUAUAAGGAUAUCAAUUGCCCCUUAGUUUUCUAUUUGGAUGGGGCACACAGCCCAGAAAGUAUGGAAAUGUGUGCAAGGUGGUUUUCCCAUGUUACCAAAAAGGAUCAAACACAACCAGGUCCUUUAGAGCAGCCUCAUAGUGGCAGCAAUUCUAAGAAGAUUCUCCUGUUCAAUUGCAUGUCUGUAAGAGAUCCUCAGAGAUUGCUUCCAUGCCUUCUAGAUACAUGUGCUAAAAAUGGCCUCCACUUUGACCAGGCCUUAUUUGUGCCAAACCAAUCGCAAUAUAGCAAGCUUGGUUCUCAGACAUCAGCACCUUCAGAGCGUGAGAAAAUUGAUUUGUCAUGGCAGUUGUCACUCCAAACGGUGUGGGAAAAGCUGCUUCAUGGCGAGGAAGGUCUAAAUGGUGCAAACUCUAGGGGGACUAGCUUAGUUUUUGAAUCUCUUCCAUUGGCAAUUAAGUGGUUAAGGGAAACUUCUCAACAAAACCAAUAUACUUGCCAGGUCUUGGUUACUGGCUCCCUGCAUCUCAUUGGUGAUGUCUUAAGAUUGAUCAAGACCUGAUUCUCCCUGCAUCUCAUUAUUGAUGUCUUAAGAUUGCUCAAGAAGGAACUUUGGUUUGAACAGUACAUUUUUCGAACAGUACAUGAUUCAUAUUGAAGUCUCUGCUUACUAAGGCCAUACUCUGGAGUCUGGAGCCUUCGUAAUUUAUGAUUGGCAUCCACAAUACAACCAUUUGUCAGAAGAAUGGAGGAUUGAAAUUUGAAAGGCCUUGUUAUCCUGACGUACUCCCUCCGUCCCAUAUUAAGUGACCAAAUUUGUCCAAAUAUGAAUGUAUCUAUACCCAAAAAACGUCUAGAGACAUGUAAUAGAAAGUCACUUAAUAUGGGACGGAGGGAGUAGAUGAGUGCAAACAUGUUGUAAUGCUUCGUUUUUGUGUUUUCGCCCUAUGCAGGCAUCACUGUAGCCUUUUUUUUUCAGAUUUCUCUCACCCAACUUUGGAAUGUACAAUCAGUGAAUCAUAUGAUAUGAACCAUCCCAUUUCCCAAGCUUGCAUGGAAAA